AUGGAUAAUGGUAAGAGUACUAGAAAUAUGAGACACCUGAUAGAGAUGUUUGAUAGAACUCGUACUAACCCGGACGAGGAGGAGGGUGCGGUCAAUGCCGUACUCCUUGAAGCUGACAAAGAAAACACUGAUUGCAGUGAAAUUGAGCAAACAGCUGCAGGUCAUAGCUCGGCUGCUGAUCUCGAGGCCCUCAUCGAGCGGCUGGAGCGCGUGACGUCACGCUUAGAGCGCUUGCCCGUUCUGCGCGAGCGCACCCCUACCCCGCCUUGCUCUCUGGCACCUUCCCCUGCCGGUGACGCCAUACAAACACCACUAAUUGCAAGUUUUAUAGAAACUGACGAUAUGAGUAUCAACGGAUACCAGGACUUAGUGCAGGGUCCUCUGCUGACUUAUCUUCAGUUGUCGAAGCAACUCGGCGGCGACAUUGCCACGCAUGCCAACCUCGUUAAUGAUGCUUUUCAGGAACAGUUACGCUACAUUCAGCUAGCGACAUCGCGGUCUAAGCCAUCGCAGGCUGAAGAGGUCCAACUCUUAGCACCGACAAGCGAUAAGAUCUCAUCAAUCCAACAAUAUCGCGAAAAAAAUAGAGCAUCUCCUUUCUUCAACCAUCUUUCGGCUAUAUCUGAGAGUAUCCCAGCCUUGGGAUGGGUGGCCGUGUCUCCCACACCAGCUCCGUAUGUAAAGGAGAUGAACGAUGCGGGCCAAUUUUACACCAACCGUGUUUUAAAGGAAUGGAAGGAGAAGAACAAGACUCAUGUUGAAUGGUGCCGCGCUUGGGUACAGUUGCUAUCCGAUUUGCAAGCGUAUGUGAAGCAGUAUCACACUACAGGCUUGGUUUGGUCUGGUAAGGGUGGAGCCCCACCACCACCACCACCCCCCGGCGGCAUGCCCCCACCACCACCCGCUCUUCCCGACGUGGACUUCGCCAACAUGCCCGCCGAUGACCGGAGCGCACUCUUCGCUGAGAUUAAUAAGGGAGAAGCUAUAACUAGUAGUCUCCGUAAAGUAACGUCGGACAUGCAGACCCACAAGAACCCUCAACUCCGUCAGGGACCUGCGCCGUUUAAAGCCGCUGCUCCGAAGGUGCCUACUAAAGCUCUACCGACGCCCGGGGCUGGAGUCCUACCCGACAAACCUCCAGUCUUUGCUCGAGAUGGCAAGAAAUGGAUCAUUGAAUAUCAAAAAGGCAAUUCGAACCUGGUGGUAGAAAACGCGGAGAUGAACAACGUAGUGUACAUGUUCCGCUGCCGCGACUCGGCGCUCACCGUGCGCGGGAAGAUCAACGGCGUGGUGCUCGACUCCUGCACCAAGUGCGCCGUGGUCUUCGACAACCUGGUGUCCAGCGUGGAGUUUGUCAACUGCCAGUCCGUGCAAAUGCAGGUCAGUAAGCUAUUU